AUGCCUUCCAGAUCAUUACCUACUUGCAGCCGGUACAACGACAUGAUCAUGAUUUAUGGCGGGUAUGACGGCGCAAUAUUUUUGACCGAUAUGUGGAUUUUCAACAUCACGUCCGAGAGUUACAUAGGUAUCCCGCCAAUUGCGGAGACCAUUGGGAAAUACGCGUGGUCACAGGCAGCAGUGAUAGGCGACUGGUGGAUUCUUACAGGGGGAGUUGACGACUCCUUCUACGGGUACUGGAUCGAGCUUCCUUUGUGGGCUCUGAAUUUGAAGACAUGGCGGUGGUUUACAUCUGAUCAACCGACGACGGGGCAAAUUACUGACGGGCAUGGCAACAACAUUACAAUCGUCAAUUACGAGGGCCUCAUCCGGUCUGAAGGCGCUGUGUCUGCAGUGUGGAAUAAUAAGAUGUUUGUGUACCAGGGAUGGCAGUGCUAUGACCAGUUGAGUUGGGGGAAAUCGUCGUUUUUCGUGACUGCAUCCUUUCUAAUCAUAUUUCAACCCAUGCAUUCCGCUAUUGCCCUUCGUUUGAUUCGGAGCAGCCCGUCAUUAACAUGCGAAUCAGUAGAUCGACCAGCGCAGCAGAUCCUCAUUGACCCGACGACGGACGUCACCACAUGGACCGUAACGGCCAUUCCGAUCGUCGGCAAUGCUCCGUACCUCAAUUUCAUGGCACGUGCGAUGACGACCGAUGAGCUAGGAAACGCCGCCUUAUUGACGUUUGGGGGCCAACGCGUGGACAGCAACAACGCUGUUUUCGUUGAACAUGAUACCUACGCCUUUGAUUUCACCACUUUGACCUGGUCCCAACUGCAUGUUGAGAACAAAGAUAAAAUUCCUAGGAGAGCUGGAUCCUGUAGUGUCUUGCAUCAGAACUCCUUCUUCUUCCUCGGCGGUCAUGCGUCCGAUGGCGGAAUAUUUGACAUGUGGAAGCUAGAGCUUCUCGGCGGCGCCAAUGUCAGCAAAUCUGCCGUAUCUGGUAGUUUGAUAUCAACUCCUUGCGAGAUUGGGACAGAGACCACCGUUAGCGUGCAACUUCAUACCACCAUUGGGACGCCUGUCACGUACGGUGGAGCCAUAGUAACAGCGACCCUCCUGGGCGGUGACAAGGAAACCGGAACCGUUCUGUUGGCGCAAGACAUUGGCAAUGGAACCUAUACCUUCAUCAUCCGGCAAUUCACAAGCGGAACAUACUCACUGCGCAUCUAUCUGAAUGGCGACGUUUACGAACCCGAAGGAUUCAGUGUUACUUUCUACCCAAAACCGCCGAGCGCCCGAACAAGUACGGUGGUGGUAGGGGGUUCCGCUCAAGGUCUUUGGGAACGGAGCGAUACGUUCCUUAUUGAUUUGAAAGAUAUGUAUGGGAACAAGCUUUCGCCUGCACACACCACUCUUCAAAACAUAAGCAUGCAUGCAACCUUCCAAGAAGAUGGUACAAUUCUGGAUUUCGUGGCAGAAGGGGAGAAGUGGUAUCUCGAGUAUACAGACAAGCCGGCUGGGCAGUACCAUAUUGACGUUUUGAUUGCUGGGGAGCAUGUCAGCGGCUCGCCGUUCAUGAUAACGAUUAUCAAGCCGCUCCAUAUUAGGUACAGCGACCCUGUCAUCGCAGUGCUUACCCUUUUCAACGUCAGCGGAUGGCUCGGAUCGAUCUGCGCAGGCGUGUUCGUCGCCAUGAACCGGCACUCUGCCACGCUGCGGAAUUUCAGUCCAGUUAUCAUGCUCCUUAUAUGCAUCGCGCAUGCGCUCCUCUUCACCGGCAAUCUAUUCGGAAUCACGACGGGUGCCGCCGCGUCUUGCUAUGCGCGUGAGUGGCUGCUGUAUAUCGGCGCCAACCUCACCAUUGGAUUGCUGCUCGCGAAAGCGAGCAGAAUUUUUAUUCUCUUCAUAGCCAUGCCGUUUCGCAAAUUGAGGAUCACGGAUGAAGUCAUUGCUGCAUAUUCUUUGCCGGCUUCUGGCAUUGCAUUAAUUCUACUGUGCAUCAAAACGGCGCUUGUGCGGCUUAGCAUCGAGCGCGUGAACUUGGGGACAUACAACGAAUCGUACACCUGUCAAAGUUCCUCGCGCUCCGGCGGCGGCAGCGACUCCAACAUUCCCCUCACCGUGCGCGGGGUUCUGAUGGCGUGGACGGCGCUUCUAGGGUGUACGACAGGGUUCUUCUUGUUUCGAACGCGUCUUAUCAGCGGAAAGUUCAACGAUGCGAAAUAUAUCCUUUUCGUCUUCUUGAACAGCAUUGUUUGCAUUGUAAUCUAUAUUGCGGUCACUGUGGCCGUGUCGAACAUCUCAGCGGUACAUCGUUAUUACGCGGAGGCUUGGCUCAUCUGUUACACAUUAUACGUUUCGCUAUUCGGUACAGUUCUGGUAAAGCUCACCUCCGCGAAGAACCUGUACUCCAAGCUACGGGGAAUACAAUCUGGUUCCGAAAGCGAAGAUGCGUCCGAAAUUGAGGAGGUCAGUGUCGAAAAUGCCUCGAGCGACGGAUCGCGGCGUCAGAGCGCACUUCCUGACGACGACGGAAAGAACGCAAAGCGGGAGCGACACAUGAGUAUGGCACCACCCACCAGCAUAUGGAAACGCCAGGGUAAAACCAGCGACGCAUCGGCAUAUGUGUGCUCCAUGCGAAUCACCAGUGUGAAACGCUUUCGGUGGGCCAGAUUCGCGCAGUGGGAUAUCGGUAUCAUCUUGAUCAACCCACACGAGAAAGUUUGUAUUGUUGCCCCAAAGGCGUUCGCUCAGACACCGUCUGCCACGGGACUCGUGAUGAAUCGAGAAAGUGCCAUUACCGCGGUCGAUGCCAAUACACUCAUGAUAGAAUCAGCGCCAAAUAUUGUACAGCUGCGCUUCCCAACCCCAGAGUUGAGGCUGGCCGUCAGCGAAACUCUUAACGACCUCGUUCAUAAAUCAGGAUAG